UUAACAGGUGCACCUGAGAUAACUUGCAGAGGAAAACAUUCAUUUAUGUCCGCAAUAGUGGCUAUAAAAAAUGGCCUCAACAUCUGCCUCGGAAAAACCCUCAGUUUCUAAUGUGGAAGAAAACAGAAGUCGCCUGUGCAGUGAGUUUGCGGGCAUAACAGGAGCUGAUAGCGCGGUGGCUCAGUGCUACCUGGCGGAAAAUGAGUGGGAGAUGGAGAAAGCUAUGAACUCAUUCUUUGAGGCUGAUUUGGAGAAAGUAUUUGAAGAAGAUAUGUCAGACAGUGAGAGCAGCUCCAAAAGAAAGAGACAGAAAAUUGAGGAAAAACCUCCAGUAGAAUGUAUAGAUUUGACUGGAGAGAGUCCUGUCUCCACACGCAAACCACCAGAAGAAGACGACAACAAACUGUCUCUGAUCUCCUGGAACGUGGAUGGACUGGAUACGGACAACAUUGGAGAGCGGGCCAGAGGCCUGUGCUCCUACGUAGUCUUAUACACUCCGGACGUGGUGUUCCUUCAAGAGCUCAUUCCACCUUACGUCCUGUAUUUGAAGAAACGGGCUGUCAGUUACCUACUCAUUGAAGGUGGUGAGGAGGGUUACUUCACUGGGAUCAUGCUGAAGAAGUCAACAGUCAAAUUUGUGGAGAGUGAGAUAGUAACUUUCCCCUCUACUCAAAUGAUGAGGAAUCUGCUCGUAGCUCAGGUGACUUUCAAAGGACAGAAGCUGUGCCUGAUGACUUCCCACCUGGAGAGUUGUAAAGCGCAAGCAGGGGAGCGGAUGAAACAGCUGCGGGUUGCUCUGCAGAGGAUGAGAGAGGCCCCUGACGACGUCACCGUCCUGUUUGGAGGGGACACAAACCUGAGGGACACUGAGGUUGCCAAGGUGGGUCUCCCCCCACAGGUCAGCGAUGUGUGGGAGCGACUGGGAAAGCAGGAGCACUGCCGUUACACAUGGGACACCAAAGCCAAUAACAACAAGGCUCUUCCUUACGUCAGUCGCUGCCGCUUCGACCGUGUCUACAUCCGCCCAGCAACCAAGGAGGGCGUCCCCCGCCUGGCCCCCGACCACAUGGCCCUGUUGGGUCUGGAGAAGCUGGACUGUGGACGCUUCACUAGUGAUCACUGGGGAAUCUACUGUAGCUUCAUCGUUGCGUAGAAAUGCACACAAAAAAGAUCCUGAAACUUGUCCUUUAAAGUUUAAUAUGAGCUCUUAAAUUGAGGCCUUGUCAGUGCUGGCAUUAGAAAACAAACAUUUCUCUGUGAUUGAAGAUCUGACCUCCUCUGAAUGUUGGUUACCUGUACAUUUUAUAUCCUGAUUUAGUCUCUGACAAAGCCUUUUUUUUUUUGUAUAAUUACUUAAUGAAUCUGGGAAAAUACCAAUAAAUGUUAAAAUAUCAAAGUUUG